UGACCGUAUCGUAAUCGCGAGUUGUUGAUUAACUGCACUAGUGAGUGAUCUAGUAUGUGAAUAAAUUUAAUGAGUCAACUUUAAAAACAUUUGGAUUUAACAAAAUAAUGCAAAUGACAAAGUUUCAUAAGGAUAAGCAUCACAGUGUUUUUGGCUGCUUUAAUGUGCAAUACAUAAUUUUGCAGUAUGUCAUUCACUUGAAUCGGGAACGCGUGUAAGGAAAGGUUGUAGUAGUAAGGGAAACUUCGUACACUGCAAAAGGAUAAGUCUAACAGCUUUGCUAAAAAGUGGAAAUACAGACUCCUCUUCUAGAAAUGCUCAUAGAAAAUUCAGAAGCACUUAAAGGGUGGCUGACUAGUUGCCUUGGUCGAAUGUGUGACGCUGACCCUGCUGCUUUGGCAAAAUACGUUCUUGCACUUGUGAAGAAGGAUAAAUCAGAAAAUGAGUUAAGAGAGCUUUGUGUAGACCAACUAGAUGUUUUCCUAUUAAAAGAUACAAAGGUAUUUGUUGAUCUUCUUUUUGAAACAUUGAAAUCAAAGUCUUACCUUGCUAAACCUUCAGAGUUAUCUGCAAGUGAUACAAAUAUUAAUUCUAGUCCUCAAUAUAUUAGUAAUUCAAGUCCUCAGUAUAAUAGUGGAAAUUUAAAUGAAGCUACCAAAAAAUAUCGAAAUACAGAAAAUGAAAGUAAACUAAAAGAUAUUGGAAUAUCUGAACGCUUAGGUGGUAAAUCUAAGGCAUGUAAUGUAAGGCAUAGAUCUACAAGGAAAACAAGAUCAAGAAGUAUCAGCCCCAUAAGAAGGCCAAAUCGGCAGCGGAGCAGAAGUAGGGAGCUUGAAGAUGGACGUAAACGUAGUUUUCCCGAUGAAGGAAAUUGCAAAAGAGACUUUCCGUCCAAAAAAUUAAAAACGAGACGGCAUAGCCGAAGUGAUCGUUUGAGUAAGUGUUCAGGUGAUGAAGAAGGCAAAAGUGAAAAACGGAACUAUAAAUUUAGAAACUCUAGAGAACAAAGCCAAGAUGGAAUACUCGAUAAAGAUUUAUUGCGUGACUCUAGAUCAAGAAGUAAUAGCUGGGAAAGAAAUCGCUCCAGGUCUUGCUCUUGGUCUUCAAAUUCAUCACGCUCUCAGCCAAAAGAAAAAUCUAGAGAGCAAGGCUCUAGGUCAAAUUCAAGAAAUGCUCUGUCUAAAUCUGAAGCUCAAAAUCCUCUUGUUUCUGACCAUGGUGAUACUGACUAUAGACAAAAACCAAUUUCUAGUGCUCCUAGUGUACAUCAUCAAACAUCUAAUACAUAUUCUAGUAAGGGAGCAAAAAGAUGUCAAGACUAUGAUGAAAAAGGUUAUUGUAUGAGAGGAGAUUUAUGUGUGUUUGACCAUGGUGCUGAUCCUCUUGUGGUUGAAGAUGUUUCAGUAUUGAAUUUCAGUGUCUCAGUUCCCCCUACACAAGCAAAUGAUGGUGUGAAUUCAACUGCUGUCAUUUCAAGUCGAAGAGAUGGCUCGAAGUCUCCAUUGCCUCCUCCUCCACCAUCUUCUCCGCCACCUCUACCACCUCCACCUCCUCCACUUCCACCUCUUCCACCUCCUGGUUCAUACAUGCCAGAACCAUAUAAUCCAGAAGCCCCUGCAAUGAACAUACCUCCACGUGAUCACAUGAAUUAUUGGGUACCUCCAAAUAUUGUGCUUCACAUACCACCUCCACAUCAUUCACCUGGUCCGCCACCAAACUCUGGCAUUCCUAGUGUAUUGUGUAACCUUAGCGAACCUCCACCCUAUCAUAAUUCGAAACCUCAACGAGCACGGGAACUUAUUGGAGUUCCAACUGUACAAAAUAUUGACCCAUCAUGGAAGAACAAAGGAUCACUAAAAAAAGGAUCUGCAGAAGAGCACAUUCAGAAUUCAGUGCAAAAAUCUCAUAUUUCUACCAUGGGUGAAAAGUCUUCCUCUGGAUCUUCUGUUGAAGUACCAAAGAAAGGUUUCGAUUAUAACAGACUAGGUCCAACUCCUAAGAAACCAUUUAAACAAGGCAACAAUCGUAGUACAUUGGAAGUGCGAAAAAUUCCGACUCAUCUAAACACAAUUGCUCUCUUAAAUAGUCAUUUCAGUAAAUUUGGUAGGAUUGUAAAUCUUCAGGUAAAUUAUGAUGGUGAUCCAGAAGCUGCAUUAAUUCAGUUUAUGACUCAUGCUGAAGCAACUGCAGCAUACAGAAGCACAGAUGCUGUAUUUAAUAACAGGUUCAUCAAAGUAUUUUGGCACAAUAAAGAUGAUAGAACUAAUAAUGUUCCUCCUGAAAAGUUUAAUGCAUCAACGCCAGCUGAUGUUAAACCAAUCGUAAAGACUGUGGAUAAUCGUGUUACUGAUGUUAACAUGAAUGACAGUCAUCGGAGUGAUACUCAGCAAAUAUCUGAAAAAGUCUGUCUGCCAGAAAGGUCUGUUGUUUACUCAUCUAAAAAGGGCAACCUUUCUCGGACAGUUUUUAAUCCAGCAAUUUUGAAAAAAAUAAAUUUAAGUGUUGAUUCAUCUACUGUUGCUCGCAGGCAAAAAGAAGAACAAAGAAAGGAUGCACUGCACAAAAGGUUAGAACUCCACAAAAAGAAACAAGAAUUUUUAAAAUCCCAGAUUCAGCAUCAAAAG